GAAAAUCAUGGUUUCGUUUUAUGCCAUGUGUAAGUAGAAUUUUGUUUAGAUGUCUCUUUCUUCGUCUUUAGGGUACGAUGUUUUUCUACAUUCAUCUUCUAUAUAAAGAACUCAAGAAGUCCUGCUCCAAUCACCCACAAGCACAAACACCACCAUUUUACUUCUUGUAUUAAACUUACAAUCUAUCCUGAAAUUUCUGAAAAAAUGAUGCUAAUCCAUAACCUCCACAAUUCUCCACGUGUAACAAAUCAAACCCUACUUCCUUUAUACAACCAUUUCCUCUCUGGCGCAAGAAAUGUUGCAUCUUCAUUUCCAAUUCCUAGCCGAUCUAAACAAAGGAGUGUACGGUUACGACGUCGCGCCUCCAACGGCGUGAAAGCCUUGUUGACCUCCACCAAGAAGUCGACCUCCGUUAAGGUGGUCAUCACCGCGCUUGAGACCGUGGGCGGCCCCCUCACCCACCUCACCGAGAGCCUAGGGCUCGACGGGAUAACCGACUUGCUCGGUAAAACCCUACUUGUCGAGCUCGUUGCUGCAGAUCUCGAUCCUAAAUCUGGAGAGGAGAAGGCGACAGUGCAAUCGUAUGCGCGUAAAUCUAGAAACAAUGAGAAUGAGAUCUACUACGAGUCCGAUUUCGAAAUUCCUGAAGAUUUUGGAGAGAUCGGUGCAGUAAAACUUGAGAAUGAACAUCAUAAGGAAAUGUUUGUAAAGAACAUAGUCUUUGAUGGAUUGCCCUCCGGCGCUAUCCAUAUAAACUGUGAAUCCUGGAUUCAUUCCAAAUUCGAUAAUCCUGAGAAAAGAGUCUUUUUCUCAAAUAAGUCAUACUUGCCAUCCGAAACUCCAAGCGGGCUGAAAAGACUCAGAUCGAAAGAGCUCGACAUUCUUCGAGGAGACGGCGAAGGAGAGCGCAAGACCUCUGAUAGGAUCUACGAUUACGACGUCUACAACGACCUCGGCGACCCGGACAACGACGACGCCGAUUUGGCCCGCCCCGUUCUCGGCGGGCCCGACCAUCCCUAUCCUCGCCGCUGCAGAACUGGCCGCCCAAGAACUAAACGAGAUCCAUUAUCCGAGUCUAAGGCCUCCGAGAUGUAUGUUCCACGCGACGAAGCAUUUUCCGAAAUAAAGCAAGCUACGUUCCAAGCAAAAACGAUCUACUCAGUGGUUCAUGCGUUGGUGCCGGCGCUCAAGACAAUUGUGGUCGACCCUGAGCUCGGAUUUCCAUAUUUCUCAGCAAUAGACACUUUGUUCAACGAAGGAGUCCUACUUCCAGAUAUUCCCACCUCCGGAUUCCUCGGCAAUAUUAUACCUAGGCUUGUGAGAGCGAUCACUGACGUCGGCAACAACGUCUUGCGCUUUGAGACACCUGAGUUCGUUGACCGAGAUAGGCUUGCAUGGUUUAGGGAUGCGGAAUUCGCUCGACAAACGCUAGCAGGCAUCAAUCCAUGUGCCAUACAAUUGGUCACGGAAUGGCCGUUGAAGAGUAAACUCGAUCCCGAGGUGUAUGGACCGGCGGAGUCAGCAAUCACGACGGAACUCCUAGAACAAGAUAUCAGAGGAUUCAUGACAGUCGAGGAGGCAGUGAAACAGAAGAAGCUUUUCAUCCUAGACUAUCACGAUCUGCUCUUGCCUUAUGUGCAAAAGGUAAGAGAGCUGGACGGAACAACUCUUUAUGCAUCGAGGACGUUGUUCUUCUUGAUGCCAGCGGGCACGUUAAGGCCCAUUGCCAUCGAGCUAACUCGACCACAAACUGAAGACAAGCCCCAGUGGAGGCAAGUUUUUAAACCAUCUUGGGAUCCCACCGGCAUCUGGUUGUGGAGACUCGCUAAAACUCACAUCCUUGCUCACGACUCCGGUUAUCAUCAGUUGAUCAGUCAUUGGCUACGAACUCAUUGUUGCACCGAGCCUUACAUAAUUGCCACACACAGGCAACUAAGUGCAAUGCACCCAAUUCAUCGACUGCUGCAUCCUCAUCUGCGAUACACAAUGGAGAUUAAUGCAUUGGCUCGUCAGGCACUCAUAAAUGCCAAUGGGAUCAUUGAGACUUCUUUUUCUCCUAAAAAGUACUCCAUUGAGUUGAGCUCAGCUGCCUAUGACCAGCUGUGGCAAUUUGACUUACAGGCACUACCGGCAGAAUUAAUUAGCAGAGGAAUGGCUGUGGAAGAUCCAAGUGCGCCUCACGGCCUGAAGCUGACUAUUGAGGACUACCCUUAUGCAAACGACGGUUUGCUGAUAUGGGAUUCCAUCAAACAGUGGAUCACUGACUACGUCUCACACUUCUAUCCUAAAGCCAACUUGGUGCAGUCGGAUUCGGAGCUUCAGGCGUGGUGGACGGAAAUAAAAACAGUAGGGCACGGUGAUAAGAAGGACGAGCCAUGGUGGCCGGAGCUCAACACUCCAGAGGAUCUAAUCGGAAUUUUAACAACAAUUAUAUGGACAGCUGCAGGUCACCACGCAGCUGUAAACUUUGGGCAAUUUGAUUUUGGAGCAUACUUUCCGAAUAGGCCAACCAUUGCUCGAACGCCGAUGCCUUGCGAAGAACCGAGCCCCGCUGUUGAAGAGAAGUUUAUGGAAAGGCCGGAGGCGAUCCUUCUAGACUGUUUCCCAUCGCAACUUCAAGCAACAGUAAUUAUGACGAUUUUAGAUGUUCUGUCCAACCACUCUCCUGAUGAAGAGUACAUUGGUGGUCGAAUUGAGCCGUACUGGGAGGAUGAUAAAGUGAUCAGCGCUGCAUUUGAACGUUACCAAGGGAGAUUGAAGGAGAUUGAAGGGGUCAUUGAUGCCAGAAAUGCUGAUACCAACCUCAAGAAUAGGUCGGGAGCUGGAGUGGUGCCGUACGAGCUUUUGAAACCCUAUUCUGGACCUGGUGUCACAGGGAAGGGUGUCCCAAAUAGCAUCUCUAUUUAGUUAUUGUUGUCUGAUGUAUUAUAUUGUACGAAUAACAAACUGCUUAUGGUUAAAUAAAAACGAGGUUAUAUUCCCUAAAA